AUAAAAUGGAAGACGGAUCCACCCAGUUUGAUGAGAAUGCUGGCAAGGCAAUGUGUGCUCAUUGCUUUGACACUAUUAUAGCAGAGCUUGAUGGAGAUAAAGGUCCUGAAUACCCUAGUGACAAGGCUCCUGACGAGAAGUACCCCCUCUUUGUCACCUGGACUACGGGACAAGAAGAAGAUUUGAGAGGAUGUAUUGGAACUUUCAGCCCUAGCCUCCUUAGUUCUAUCUUAGGAAGAUACUCGAAGAUCAGUGCCUUUGAGGAUUCAAGAUUUAACCCUAUCGCCAAAAAAGAGGUCAGCGGACUCAAUGUUGGGCUAUCCCUGUUGAUCAACUUUACAAAGAUCGAAGAUCCACUUAGUUGGGAAGUCGGAAAGCAUGGAAUUGAAAUUGAUUUCACUCAUAAAGGAAGAGCUUUUGGAGCAACUUAUUUACCAGAAGUUGCCUCAGAACAAGAAUGGACUCAAAGAGAAACAAUGGAGUCUCUUAUUCAAAAAGCCGGGUAUUAUGGAUCCCUUGACGAUGUUCUCGAUAAGAUCGAAUGCACUACUUAUGAAAGCCUAAAAUUCAAGAUGACCUUCAAAGAGUAUGAAGAAUAUAAAGCAACUCUUUAA